AUGCCCCAUCCACAAGACAUUGUGCACGAACACUCAAUCCAAAACCCCGAGGCCUUUUGGGGACAUCACGCCCAGGACCUGCACUGGCAUAAACAGCCGUCGCGAGCGCUCGGCCGCUCAACCAAGACCCUGCCUGGCAGUGGCAGCACGCACGACCACUGGACCUGGUUCCCCGACGGCGAGAUCUCGACCACUUACAACUGCGUGGACCGCCAUGUCGAGUGCGGAAACGGCGACAAUGUCGCUAUUAUCUGGGAGUCGGCUGUCACCGGCGUGCGCGAGACGUAUACAUACCGACAGCUUCAGGAUGAGGUAGAAGUGCUCGCAGGCGUGUUGCGAGAGGAAGGCGUGCGCAGGGGGGACGUUGUCAUCAUCUACAUGCCCAUGAUCCCCGCCGCGCUCUUCGCCGCACUCGCCAUAGCACGCCUCGGCGCAAUCCACUCUGCCGUCUUUGGCGGAUUCGCCGCGGCCUCGCUGGCCCAGCGAAUCGAGGCUGCUCGACCUCGCGCUAUCAUGACGGCCUCGUGCGGCAUCGAGGGCUCCAAGGCGCCCCUGGCGUACCGGCCGCUCGUGGAAGGUGCCAUCAGCAAAAGCGCAUUCAAGCCGCAAAAAGUCAUUGUCUGGCAGCGCGACCAGCUGCGCUGGAACCAUCCGGACAAGCUCGGCGGGCAGCGUAAUUGGCAGCGCAUUGUCAAGAGUGGCCGAAUGCGCGGGAUUCGCGCUGGGCCUGUGCCAGUCAGGAGUAGUGAUGGGCUUUAUGUUAUUUAUACUAGUGGAACGACUGGACUGCCAAAAGGAGUGGUACGUGAAGCCGGCGGACACGCAGUUGGACUCAGCCUGUCUAUAAAAUCCGUCUUUGGCAUCAAAGGCCCCGGAGACGUCAUGUUCUGCGCGUCUGAUAUCGGCUGGGUCGUCGGCCAUUCGUACAUCCUCUAUGCACCGCUGCUGGUCGGCGCCACUACAGUGCUAUACGAGGGGAAACCCAUUGGCACACCAGACGCCGGCGAGUUCUGGAGAGUGGUUGAGCGCAACAAAGUCAACGUACUCUUCACCGCGCCAACGGCCCUCCGCGCCAUGCGCAAGGAUGACCCAGAAAGCCGGUUUUUGGCGGAUAUUGGACAGCGCGGCGGUCUGCGCUCGCUGCGAGCUUUGUUUUUGGCUGGAGAGCGAAGCGAGCCCAGCAUCAUCCGCACUUUUCAGGAUCUGCUGGGCAGGCAUGCUGCGCCUGGAGCCGCGGUGAUUGACAACUGGUGGUCAUCCGAGUCUGGGUCACCCAUUACUGCGCUGGCGCUGCAUGGCGAGCUGGGCUAUCAUACUACUACUAGUGGUGAUAGCGACAAGACGAAACAAGCAACCCCUCUUCCAGCGCGCCCCGGCUCUGCAGGGAAACCAACGCCAGGCUUUGACGUGCGCAUAGUCGACGACGACGGCAACGAGGUGCCUCGCGGGACUAUGGGCAACGUGGUGAUGGCUAUCCCACUGGCUCCCACGGCGUUUACGACGCUGUUUAGCGACGAGGAGCGCUUUUACAAGGGCUAUCUCAAGCGGUUCAAUGGGCGAUGGGUGGACACGGGCGAUGCAGGGCUGAUCGAUGAGGAUGGAUACGUGCACAUCAUGUCUCGAUCAGACGAUAUUAUCAAUGUAGCUGCGCACCGCUUCAGCACGGGCGCCAUCGAACAAGCCAUCCUCUCCCACCCAUCCGUCGGCGAAGCAAGCGUCGUCGGCAUUCCAGACCCGCUCAAGGGCCACCUCCCAUUUGCAUUCAUCCAGCCGCGCAGCAGCAGCCCCGAGGAAAACCUACCAGCCACUCCUCCCGUCGACCUAUUCAACGAAAUCAACGCCCUCGUCCGCGACCAAAUCGGCGCCAUCGCCUCGCUCGGCGGUAUAAUCCAGGGCCGCGGCAUGAUCCCCAAGACGCGCAGCGGCAAGACGCUUCGGCGUGUACUGCGCGAGCUUGUUGAGAAUGCUGUGGAUAACGGAAAUUAUGAGGGCAAGGUGAAUGUGCCGCCGACGGUGGAGGAUGUAGAGGUUGUGGAGGUGGCAAGGAAGAAGGUGAGGGAGUAUUUUGAGGAGAAGAAGAAACUUAGGGUUAAGGCGAAGCUGUAA